AUGAGUUGGAAACAAAUUGACGGAUAUUUACAACUUCUUGAUAUCGGUUCCGAAUCGGAAUUAUGGGGAGUUGAUGAUUAUCAGGUUUUCAAGUGGAACAUUAAAUCUUGGUUACAUGCAAAAGGAGUAUUGGCUUCAAGUAUUGCUGUUGGCGCUGAUAAUAGUAUUUGGUGUACCACUAAAGAUCAUAAAAUUUACAGGCUAGUGGGUGGAGUUGAUGGGAAAUGGAUGAGAGUUGAAGGAUUUUUAAAACAAAUCGCUGUUGGUGAUGAAAAUAAUAUAUGGGGAAUCAAUUCAAAAGAUGAAGUUUAUUAUAGGAGAGACAACAUUUGGAUUAAAGCUCCUGGUAAUCUUUCUCAAGUUUCUGUUUCAGCGGAUGGAACUUGCUGGGGGGUAAAUGCUAAUCAUGAAAUAUUUAGAUGGAAUGGUGAAGGCUGGGAUUCAAUUGACGGGAGUCUUAUACAAAUUAAAGUUGCAUCGAUUCAUCACGUUAUAGGUAUAAAUCAUAAACAUGAAAUAUUUCUAUGGGAAAAUGGGGGUUGGAAGAGGAUCGAAGGUGGACUACUUAAAUAUGUUUCAAUUAGUCCUGAAGGUAAUAUAUGGGGAAUUAAUGAAAACGAUGAAAUUUGUUACCUGGAAAUGGGCAACGUACCUUUCAUGGAUCACUUGGUCCGUCCUUUAUUGCAUUUUCUCACUUUUCCUGAUACUUUACCGAUUAAACAAGAGGCGACAAGGCAUAAAGAAGAUAAACAGCAUAAACAGGUCGUUUUAGAUACAAUUAGAAAGGGAGUUUAUGUUGAAAAUAUCUAUAAGCUUGAUUUACCUAGGAAACGAGAACAACAAGGGCAGCAGAUCAAUAAAAAUUCUAACGACAUUUAUGCGAAGAAUGCUAAAAAAAGUAGCAUUUAUAAUCUAGUCUUUGCUCUUUAUGAUAAAAGAAAGAGCAUAAUAGUUGGAAAUGAACCUUUGAACCUAAAUAGUGAUGAUGAUACUAUCACCUUACUUUAA